AUGUGGCUCUUCUUCUUCGCCAAUCUAUUCCUUUCAGUUUCUUCUGAUACAACCACGUGCCCCUCUGGCUUUUCCCUUUUGAGUACUGGACAGAAAUGCGUGCGUCUCUUCACAGACGUCGCCAAACAUGCAGAUGCUGCCGCCAAUUGCAGUUCUUAUGGAGGUCACCUGAUAUCAGUACUCAAUGCUAUUGAUAACAGAGCUAUUGUCGGUCUAGCUGCCACUUCUACAACUCCAUAUUGGCUGGGAAUCAAAUGCUCCUUAUCCGGAAGUGCUGCUUCAUGUCUUUGGGAUGAUCAGAGUGGAAACGCGGGAACUUACAAUGCUUUUGCUACUGGUAUUAAAACAUAAAAUCAACAGUAUUGUAAUAAUAUUACAAAUUUAUAGGAUACCCUCUCGUGGAAGUGGGCCAGUGCGUGUACGUGCCAACCUCUGGUUCCCUCGCUGGAAAAUGGCUGAGCGGUGACUGCAACAACAUGAAUCUCAACUAUAUCUGCGAAGCAUCCACCACCCCGAUCACUGACACUUGCACCUUUCAGUAUAACGGCUACUGUUACUAUCCAACGCUCUCUUCGUUGUCAGAACAGGAAGCACAAUAUUCUUGUCAGCAAGCAUGUUCUGACCUUGUAUCGAUCCAUUCUAAGGAGGAGAACGACUACGUGAAAACGUUGUUUAGUAAUAAUGCUCCAACUUACAUUAGAAUCGGAGCAACCACUAACGACAACAAUCAGAAUUCGUGGAUUGAUGGCACUAACUGGGAUUACGCUAACAUCGGAUAUUUUGACACUAAAAUCGGAUUUUGCUGGAGUAUGGCUCUGAAAGAUGAUAUUAUCUCGACUGGAAAGUGGAUCAGCAGUCUGUGCGACACCUCGGUACCGUUCGUUUGUAAGAAAAAGGUUGGUCAGCAGUGCGGAACUACAUCGGGACCAACUUUGGCGCCAGGACAGUGCAAUGCUCCAAUGUUCUACGACAACUCUGGAACUGUAAGUGCUUUCUACUUGGAGUGUUUUUCUAGUUCUAAUCCGAAAUUCUUUAGUUCUACUCUCCAAACUGGCCGUAUACCUACGUUGGCGAGCAGAAUCAUUGCAACUAUGUGCUUGACACCCCAGUCGGCUCUUUGGCACAAAUUCAAUUUCCAGUUAUGAACUUGGACAAUCAAGCUUCGAUUUCUGUGUACAGUCGCAUCGAGGACACCACUCCGAUCGUGGUGUUCCAGGGGAACUCGGCGAGCAACAAUUGGUACAACUCGACGACGAACACGAUGAAAGUGGUGUUCCGUCCAUGCGUCAGCAAUUGCCAAACUGAUGGAUUGUUCAGAUGGCAGGCCAAUUUCCAGCCAUCAAACCAAGUCACAACACUUUCUCCUCCAGUCUCAGUGACCCCCGACGCCAACAACCCGUCUGGAUGUAACGCGACCAUUCUCUCCGCUCCUGGGCUCAUCACUUCUCCUAACUACCCCAACUUUUAUACGAACUUCCUCAACUGCAUGUACCACUUGUCCACUUUGGGAGGAUAUCGCAUCCGGCUCGACUUCAACCAGAUCGACACCGAACAGUGCUGCGACAACAUCAUCGUCCACGACGGACCAUUUCUGAGCAGUCCCGAGCUGGGAAGAGUUAGUGGAAGCUGGCCCGCGCACAGCAAAAUCUUCCAGUCUACAUCCAAUUCUAUGCUCGUGACGUUCACAACUGACGCUUCCGGACAGGCUUCAGGAUUCAGUGCCAACUUUGGAGCAUACUAG